UUCUACGAGUGUUUUUAUCAAGAUACUUCUCAAAAAUGAUUGAAUUAUGCCGAUGUUGUUGCCACUGGACUAAGAGCAUGGAUUUUGGUAACAAUGAUGCAGCUUCGGUUGUGUUAAGGAUAUUUGGAAUAAAGUUUCACCAGUUUGAGUUCCUGCCCAACAUCCUCUGCGAACAAUGCGUUGCGCUACUCGAUUGUUGUAAUAAGUUUUACGACCAAAUAAAGAGUGCAGAAGCAACCCUAAUGAAGCUGCAAAAGGACAAUAAAUUAGAAGUCGCACUGAGUACGCCACCGGACUGCAGUGGAGGAUCUUUGUGUUGCGACAUAGAUAUAUUUUUCAACGAAGAAAGAUCUGACGAAAGGGAACGUGCUUCUCCGAUAGAGCAGCUAAUUGAUCUUGCCAUCGUUCCGAUCGUUGAAGAACCUCAGUUUGUUAACGAGCCUUUGGACGAAGAUAUAGAAGCAAAUGCUACUGUGACGGAAGAAGUGGAACGACAUACCGCGAAGCCACUUGAAAUUGAAGCUUUGGGUAAGGAACUAAAAUGGCAACUACAACAUGCUACUAAAACUUCAAACGAAAAUGAUGCUGUCAAGCUAACGGAAAAGUGGACGGAUACUAAGCUAAAACAGACACAUAUGAAACACUUAGGCUCUAACAGAAGCAGGUCGACCAUUGAAGAAAUGGAUGAGGUGGUUAAUACAUCGAAGAAAAUCUCUCACAAAUGCUAUAUCUGCGAUCAAGAGCUGUUAAGUAGAAACGGGCUGCAUCAGCACCUGCUUUCACAUGAAUCGCUUCUUCCAUAUCAUUGUAAAAACUGCAGCACUGCCGAACGGUCGAUUGAAUUUCGAACGAUUGUUGCACUAAACAAUCACUUCGAAACGCACACGUUUCCGCAUCCGUGCGCACUGUGCCCGUUACGUUUCCGGACCAUCACAUCUUGCAAACAACAUGCAAGUAAAGAUCACACCAAGAUCACGGAAUUAACGUGUCAUAUUUGUGGGGCAUUCUUUGUUCAACAACACAAAUUCCGUAAACAUAUUGCUGUUCACCGUAACUUGCAGACGGAGCGCUAUAAGUGUAAAUCAUGCUCGAAAUUAUUCCAAUCGAGUACGCUGCUCCGGCGUCAUGAAUUAAUACAUUCCGACGACGCUACUGGACAAAAAAUGAAACACUCCCGAGGGAGCUGCUUUACGCCAACAGUUAUCCCCGAGCUUGUGUUGAGCCUGGAUGCUCGUAUUACGCCCCCCGAUUGGACCUGAUGUGGUCGCAUUAUCGUAUGCACUAUAAAAUGUUCGAAUGUAAUCAUUGCAAACAAAGUUUUUCGAACAAUUACACAUUGGAGCGGCACAUUGAAGUCGUCCAUUUGAACGUUCGAAAGCAUGAGUGUACAAUUUGUGGAAAGCGAUA